UUCUUCAAGUAAAUAAGCAGUUUUUUGCUAAUAUUCGAGUAAAAUGUCGUUUACAAUUCGAACUUUCAUAUUAAUUCUUGCACUCUACGUGUGCAAUGGUGCAGCAAGUAAAGAGACUGAGUUCGUGACAAAAGCUAUAGCUCAAAAUCGUGUUGUCGUUUUCUCAAAAACCAAUUGUCCAAACUGUAACACCGUUAAGCAGCAAUUAGAAUAUUUAGUAACUAAAAAAGGAUUCAAAACAAUUGAAAUGGAUCAACUUGCGAACGGCAAACAAAUUCAAGAUGCAUUAGAACUACUUACUGCUAUCCCUACAGUGCCGUAUGUCUUUGUCAAUGGAAAAUUCAUCGCUGGUGAAACUGAUUUAAAAGACAUGCAUCAAUCUGGCCAAUUACAAAAGGAAUUGUACAAUAAACGUAAUAAAAAAUAAAAAUAAAAAAUGACGCUACCACGAACAUGUUGUUCUGAAUUGAUGGUUGUUUCUAUUUGA